CAUGCACCAUCAUGGAGACAGCGUAGCAACGACAGAGGUCCAACAACUUUCCAUGUCUUCAGAGUAGCUUGACAAACUGAUCAUUCGAUCGUUUUAGCCAGGCGACACAUGGAUGCGCAAUACGGGCAUUACAGGUGGCGAGAACACAAGGAGGCUCAUGGCAUAUGCGCAUUAUCAGAGUGGUUACUGGAGACCAGAGGAAUUAAGAUCAUGAGUGGGAACCUCAAAUAAUGGCGCCCCCUGCAAAGCGACCAAAGCUCAAUAGUAGCAAAUCUUCGCCGGCGAAGCAAAGAGGGCUAGACUAUUUCUUCAGUAAACAGAAGGGGGGGUCUCCAGCCAAAUCCAGCCAAAAUCACCAGGAUGCGCACGCAGAAGAUACUACAACCGAGCUUACCGACGAGCAGCUUGCUAGAAAGCUUCAAGCUCAAUGGGAUGAAGAAGACGCGGGGUCAUCGACAGUCGCGGUGCCGAGACAAGACGAUAUAGGCUCUCCUCUUGUGGCAUCGGAGCAGCUGAAUGAUGAUGUCCCAAUAACAGACACCGAUAAUGCUGAACAGAGGCAAGAUAAUAAGGCAGGCGAAAUCCCUAGCACUGUGUCUAUGGGGACGAGCUCGUUUAUGAGCAAAGACAGCAGCUCCAGCAAUCUGGCCCUCAAAGUCAAGAAUAAUCUAGCUCUACAAUCCGCUGUCUCGGAAGAGGAUUCGAUAUCCAGUGGCAUUUGUUUUGACGAAAGUCCUCUCACAUUUGAUCCGCAUAAAUAUCUCCCGGACCUUCAAAAGCAGUGGGCUGGGCACGGUGGUAAUGCAUCUUAUGCCCUGGUCAUUAGAUGCUUUGUUCUGGUAAAUAGUACGCAAAGUAGGAUUAAGAUCGUGGAUACUCUAGUUAACCUACUGAGAACCAUCAUUGAAGGGGAUCCAAGUAGUCUGCUACCUACUGUAUGGCUUGCCACAAAUGCAAUAUCACCACCUUAUAUAUCGCUUGAGCUUGGUCUGGGUGGUUCAGCUAUAUCCAAGGCGUUAAAACAGGCAUGCGGUUUGGAUAGCAACUCUCUCAAGGCACUCUAUAAUAAAGUUGGCGACGCUGGAGACGUGGCAUUUGAAGCAAAGAAGAGGCAAACCUUUACCCUACGAAAACCAAAACCUCUGACGAUCAAAACGGUCUACGACUCUCUCGUCCAGAUAGCAACCGUUCAAGGCACAGGGAGCGGUGAAAGGAAACAGCGGAUUGUGGACAAGCUGUUACAAGAUGCCAGGGGCCCGGAGGAAAGCCGAUACCUUGUUCGGACGCUCUGUCAGCAUCUUCGCAUUGGAGCAGUCAAAACUACGAUGCUUAUAGCUUUGUCGAGGGCAUUCUUGUUGUCACGUCCUACAAAUGCAGAGUUUUCAUUGAGGUCACAGGCAGAGCUAAGUGCACUCAAGAAAGACUCUCUAGCGGAAGUAUGGUCCAAGGCAGAAGAGACGGUGAAAGCUUGUUUUGCAAAAAGGCCUAACUACAGUGACCUUGUUCCUGCACUCCUUGAAAUCGGAGUGUGUGACGAGCUCCCUAUCAGGUGUGGCCUUGGGCUCCACGUGCCUCUGAUGCCUAUGUUGGGCAAUAUCACUCGCGAUCUGUCUGAGAUGCUCACAAAGCUUCAGGGUCGAGAUUUUAGUUGCGAGUUCAAAUAUGAUGGGCAAAGGGCGCAGGUGCAUUGCGACGCCAACGGGAAGGUUUCGAUUUUUUCGCGCCACUUAGAGCUCAUGACCGACAAAUACCCAGAUCUCGUUGCAUUGAUACCCAAAAUCCGCGGUGAUAGCGUCAAUAGCUUCAUUUUGGAAGGGGAGGUGGUCGCUGUGGAUCGAGAUACAGGUGAUCUUAAGACAUUCCAGACGCUCACGAAUCGCGCUCGAAAGGAUGUGGCUAUUGGAAGCAUCACAAUCGAUGUUUGCCUUUUUGCAUUUGAUCUCAUGUAUCUCAAUGGUGAGCCGUUGUUGGACAGGCCAUUUCGAGAGCGACGGUCGCUGCUGAGAAGUCUUUUUGUCGAGCUACCACGACAUUUCACUUGGGUACAGAAUAUGGAUGCAACAUCACAGGAUUCAGAGACAAUUCUUGAGUUUUUUAAAAGCGCAACGGACGCCAAGUGUGAAGGGAUUAUGGUCAAGAUCCUCGAUAACCUUCCAGAUCCCAGCCUCGACGUAAAGCCCGAAGACGAAGAGACUGUUGCAGAUGCCGAUGAAUUACAAGCUUCAGCGGUAAUUUCCAGGAAGGGGAAACAGAAGAAGAACCGUGAAAAGGAACCAGAAAAGGAAAAACGUGCAGGCCGGAGAAAGGCUCUGUUGUCUACAUACGAACCAGACAAGCGACUUGACUCUUGGCUCAAGGUCAAGAAAGACUACAGCGCAACCUUCGAUAGUCUAGAUCUCAUCCCCAUUGCCGGUUGGCAUGGUCAAGGGCGCAAAUCCAAGUUCUGGUCCCCUAUCCUGCUGGCUGUCCGGAACGAGACGACAGGAAGUCUUGAGGCCGUAUGCAAAUGCAUAUCGGGGUUUACAGACAAUUUCUACAAAGCUAACAAGGAGUUUUACGAUGAAGAUGGCCCGAAUGUGUUAGAUAGCAAGCCUAGCUACAUAGACUAUACUGGAGGUUACCCGGAUGUCUGGUUCGAACCCAAAGAGGUCUGGGAGAUGGCGUUUGCAGAUAUUACCAUCAGUCCCGUGUACACGGCGGCGAUUGGUUUGCUCACAGAAGAUAAAGGCGUUAGUUUGCGAUUCCCCAGGUUCCUGAAGAAAAGAGAAGACAAGGGAAUUGAUGAGGCGAGUACGAGUGACUUUCUCGCUGGUUUGUGGAGGAAGCAGGAGGUCAGAGUCACAAAGGAGGUACAGAACGAUGUGGGCAAUUCUGAAGAAUAGAACGCUCCAGCUGUCGGCUUUGCGAUACAUUUAUUUAUGAGGCAUAAUACGGUAUAAUUUUGUAACUUAGGUGUGUG